ACUCUCUUAUAUAUAAAGUCGUCGACACUUGCACGAUCGCUUUCUUAAAUUUUUUACUCUGGAACUUUCGUUCUCUGCAAAUUAAAUUUUCCCAUAUACAGUAGUAAAAACAUUAUUUCCUGUAAUUUUGUUUAUUUGCACAGCACUCCAUCAUUGAAUCCAUUCACCAACGUGAUGACUCGCCUCACUGCCCAGUACGACGCCGUUUACAACGCCCCAGAACAAUCUGCCAGAGGUUCCUCCGUUAGGGUUCUCUAAUUCUUUAAUUGACUCUCAGUUUAAUAGCCCUAAUUGAUAAUCUCUUGUGUUGCGAUCUCGAUUUGUACUAGUUGUUUGUGUUUAUAUAAUCUCUGUGUAUAUAAUUAGUUGAGUUAUGGCGAGUUCAAAACCACAGAGAUCGCCAGCUGAAAUCGAGGAUAUAAUUCUUCGGAAAAUCUUCCUUGUUUCGCUUCUCGAUUCGAUGGAGAGCGAUUCGAGAGUAGUUUACUUGGAGAUGACGGCUGCUGAGAUUUUGAGUGAGGGUAAGGACUUGAGAUUGUCUCGGGAUUUGAUGGAAAGGGUUUUGAUUGAUCGCUUAUCGGGGAAUUUUGUUGCGGCAGAACCGCCUUUUACUUAUCUGUUAGGGUGUUAUCGGCGUGCGUAUGAUGAGGGGAAGAAGGUUUUGUCGAUGAAGGAUAAGAAUUUGAGUGCGGAUAUGGUUGCGGUUAUUAAGCAAGCUAGGAAAUUGGCGGUCUCGUAUUGUAGGAUUCACUUGGGGAAUCCGGAUAUGUUCCCUAAUUGGGACAAUGCUAAUGGUUCCAAUAAGUCGAGUGUGUCGCAGUUGUUGCCAUUGAUUUUUUCGGAGGUUUCGAGUUCGGUUGAUGGCUUUGGAGGGAGUGGUAGUGCGGCCGGAGUGUCGUGUCCACCGGGGUUUUUGGAUGAGUUUAUUAAGGAGUCGGAUUUUGAUAGUGUGGACCCAAUUUUGAAGCAGUUGUAUGAGGAUUUGAGGGGAAGUGUGCUUACGGUUUCUGCUCUGGGAAACUUUCAGCAGCCAUUAAGGGCUUUGUUGUAUCUGGUUAAUACUCCGUCCGGUGCCAAAUCUUUAGUUAGCCAUCGUUGGUGGAUUCCAAAGGGUGCUUAUUUGAACGGCCGUGUGAUCGAAAUGACGAGCAUAUUGGGCCCUUUUUUCCAUGUUAGUGCCCUGCCUGAUCAAACCAUAUUCAGGAGUCAGCCUGAUGUCGGCCAGCAGUGUUUUGCAGAAGCAUCUACUCGUCGUCCAGCUGAUCUGUUGUCUUCAUUCUCAACAAUCAGAUCUGUCAUGAAUAACCUAUAUGACGGUCUCUCUGAAGUUCUUAUGUGUCUCCUAAAGAAUACAAACACACGUGAAAAUGUUCUACAAUACCUUGCAGAGGUCAUCAACAAAAACAAAUCAAGGGCUCAUAUACAGGUUGACCCAAUAUCUUGCGCUAGUUCUGGCAUGUUCGUGAAUCUCAGUGCUGUUAUGCUUCGCCUUUGUGAGCCAUUUUUAGAUGCAAAUUUAAGCAAAAGGGACAAAAUAGAUCCUCAAUAUGUAUUCAGCAGCAGUCGUUUAGACUUAAGCGAAUUAACUGCAUUGCAUGCUUCGUCUGAAGAAGUUACCGAGUGGUUUACAAAAAAUAAUCCUGGGAAAGUUGAUGUCAGUGAUGCUAAUAGUGAUGGUGAGAAUCGGUUGCUUCAGUCUCAAGAAGCAAGCAGUUCUGGCAGUAACUUGGGUGGUUCAGCUAAAUACUCUUUUAUUUGUGAAUGCUUCUUCAUGACUGCAAGAGUUCUUAACUUAGGACUGAUAAAAGGAUUUUCUGAUUUUAAGCAUCUGGUACAGGAUAUCCAAAGAAGUGAAGACAGUCUAGCCUCAUUAAAGGCAAUGCAGGAGCAAGCACCUUCUCCCCAGCUGAAUCAGAACAUAGCACGUCUUGAAAAGGAGCUAGAACUUUAUUCGCAGGAAAAAUUAUGUUAUGAAGCUCAGAUACUUCGGGAUGGAGGCUUUAUUCAACAAGCAUUGUCUUUCUACCGCUUGAUGGUUGUUUGGCUAGUACGGCUUGUUGGUGGCUUUAAAAUGCCGUUGCCCUCAACCUGUCCUAGGGAAUUUGCUUCUAUGCCGGAGCACUUUGUUGAAGAUGUCAUGGAGUUCCUUAUAUUUGCUUCUCGAAUUCCGAAGGCUUUGGAUGGUGCAAUUCUGGAUGAUUUCAUGAAUUUCAUCAUCAUGUUCAUGGGAAGUCCCGAAUACGUUAGGAACCCAUACCUAAGAGCGAAGAUGGUAGAAGUUCUGAACUGCUGGAUGCCUCGUAGAAGUGGGUCGUCUGCUACAUCCACUCUUUUUGAAGGACACCAGUUAUCUCUUGAGUAUCUGGUGAAAAAUCUUUUGAAGGUGUAUGUUGACAUUGAGUUUACAGGAUCACAUACCCAGUUUUAUGACAAGUUUAACAUCCGUCACAAUAUUGCCGAACUUCUUGAAUACCUAUGGCAGGUUCCUAGUCACCGCAACGCAUGGAGACAGAUUGCUAAAGAGGAGGAGAAGGGCGUAUAUUUGAAUUUCUUAAACUUUCUGAUUAAUGAUAGCAUUUAUCUACUUGAUGAAAGUUUGAACAAAAUACUUGAACUCAAGGAACUGGAAGCUGAAAUGUCAAAUACAGUGGAAUGGGAGCGAAGACCAUCUCAAGAAAGACAGGAGAGAACUCGAUUGUUCCAUUCUCAAGAGAAUAUCAUCCGGAUUGAUAUGAAGUUGGCAAAUGAGGAUGUUACCAUGCUAGCAUUCACUUCAGAGCAAAUUACAGCCCCCUUUUUACUGCCAGAGAUGGUUGAAAGAGUGGCCAGUAUGCUGAAUUACUUUCUGUUACAACUAGUUGGUCCCCAAAGAAAGUCUCUUAGCUUAAAAGAUCCUGAAAAAUACGAAUUUCGCCCCAAACAUUUGCUAAAGCAGAUUGUCAACAUAUACGUCCAUCUGGCAAGGGGAGACAAACACAAUAUAUUCCCGUCUGCAAUUACAAAGGAUGGUCGCUCAUAUAAUGAACAGUUGUUUAGUGCUGCAGCAAGUGUCCUUCAGAGGAUUGGUGAAGACAUGAGGGUCAUCCAAGAGUUUGUUGAACUUGGCAAUAAAGCAAAAGUUGCAGCUUCAGAGGCCAAGGAUGCCGAAGCUGCACUUGGGGAGAUUCCGGAUGAAUUCCUGGACCCAAUCCAAUACACCCUUAUGCAAGACCCAGUUAUUUUACCAUCUUCAAGGAUUACGGUGGACCGACCUGUUAUUCAGAGGCAUCUUUUAAGUGAUGCUACUGAUCCCUUCAAUCGUUCCCAUCUUACUGCCGAUAUGUUGAUUCCGGACAUAGAACUGAAGGCACAAAUUGACGAGUUCCUUAGGUCUAGGGAACUGAAGCGGCAUGGUGAUAAUUUGAGCAUGCAGAGCAGCAAGGCUACAAUCCAAACUACUGAUGAUACGCCUUUGAUAGAGUAGUUGACGUUUUCAGAAGAUAUAGUAUUAUUGUAUAUGAGAUUGCUUCAACUCUCCAAAUUGAUGGAUCAAUUUACCAGUAGCGGUGAAUUACAGUCAUCUUAUAUCUUUUUAGUAUAUUUUUGAACAUGUAAUUAACUUGAGACUUGAUAUUCUAGAAAAGCACUUGAGUUGAAAAUUCUUUACAGUAUUUUAGAGUCAAAUUCAUUAAUUUAAAUCAAGCAUAUUUAUCGA